AUGGGGCCUGGGUGCAGCGGUGUCCUGGGCUGGCUCCUGCUGAUGCAGGCAGCGCUGAGGGCAGCAGAUUUCCACCUCACCCUGGACACGGCGCAGCGGUACCAGAAGGUGAAGGGCUUCGGUGGCUCUGUCACAGACUCAGCUGCCAUCAACAUCCAGUCCCUGUCCAAGGAUGCCCAGAACCACCUGCUCCGCUCCUAUUUCUCCGAGGAAGGCAUUGAGUACAACCUUGUGCGCGUCCCCAUGGCCAGCACCGACUUCUCCGUCCGCCUGUACACCUACGCUGACGCGGAGGGCGACUUUCAGCUGAAGCACUUCAACCUGACGGAGGAGGACACGCGGAUGAAGAUCCCCAUCCUCCAGGCGGCCCAGGCAGUGGCCAAGAGGCCGCUGUCGCUGUAUGCCAGCCCUUGGACCUCCCCGGUCUGGAUGAAGACAAACGGCGCGAUGACAGGGAGGGGGACGCUGAAGGGCAGCCCCGGGGACAAGUACCACCAGGCCUGGGCCAAGUACUUCAUCCGGUGAGGGGCUGCAGGAGCACAGCGGGCACCGGGGGCGGGGAGCGAGCCUCCAGCUGGCGAGAUCGUCUUCUACCCCUUCCAGUGCCUGGGCUUCUCCCCCGAGCACCAGCGGGACUUCAUUGCACGAGACCUGGGCCCCGCGCUGGCCAACAGCUCCCACCGCGACGUCCAGCUCAUCAUCCUGGACGACCAGAGGGUGAUGCUGCCCUACUGGGCACAGGUG